AUGACAGAUGCUGCUGUGUCCUUCGCCAAGGGCUUCCUGGCAGGUGGAGUGGCCGAGGCCAUCUCCAAGAUGGCGGUAGCGCCCAUCGAGCGGGUCAAGCUGCUGGUUCAGGUGCAGCAUGCCAGCAAGCAAAUCACCGCAGAUAAGCAAUACAAGGGCAUUAUAGACUGUGUGGUUCGCAUCCCCAAGGAGCAGGGAGUCCCGUCCUUCUGGCGCGGUAACCUGGCCAAUGUCAUCAGAUACUUCCCCACCCGGGCUCUCAACUUCUCCUUCAAAGAUAAAGACAAGCAGAUCUUCCUGGGUGGUGUGGACAAGAGAACCCAGUUUGGGCGCUACUUUGCUGGGAAUCUGGCGUCAGGUGGUGCCACUGGGGCCACGUCCUUGUGUUUUGUGUAUCCUCUUGAUUUUGCCCAUACCCAGCUAGCAGCCGAUGUGGGCAAAGCUGGAGCUGAAAGGGAAUUCAGAGGCCUCGGUGACUGCCUCGUUAAGAUCUACAAAUCUCAUGGGAUUAAGGGCCUGUUCCAAGGCUUUAAUGUGUCUGUGUGGGGCAUUAUCAUCUACCGAGCUGCCUACUUCGGUAUCUAUGACACCGCAAAGGGGAUGCUUCCAGAUCCCAAGAAUACUCACAUCUUCAUCAGCUGGAUGAUCGCACAAUCCGUCACAGCGGUUGCUGGGUUGACGUCCUACCCGUUUGACACUGUUCGCCGCCGAAUGAUGAUGCAGUCAGGGCGCAAAGGAACUGACAUCACGUACACAGGCACAGUAGACUGCUGGAGGAAGAUCGCUCGUGAUGAAGGAGCCAAAGCGGUUUUUCAAGGGGGCGUGGUCCAGUGUUCUCAGGGCAUGGGUGGUGCUUUUGUGCUGGUCUUGUAUGAUGAA